AUGUAUUAUAUUAUUAAACAGAUAUCCAAUCGAAGGCAAUACAGCAUAAGCGACGUAAGUCUGAUUUCAUUGGAAGCUCUCUGCCAACAAGGUACAACAACAGAACCGAGAAGUUAUUCAGGAAGAAUGAUAAUCCUGGUAUUCUUCACCGUUUUCAUGUUCCUGUACGUAUCUUAUUCGGCUUACGUGGUUGUUUUGUUACAAUCGACGACGAAAAUAAACAAUCUAAUGGAGCUGCUCGUGAGUCGAAUCGAAGCCGGCGGGUUUCAAGUCAGCUACAUGAGACACUACUUCGAGACACCGAAGUCCGGAGUUUUGAAAAAUCUGUACGAGAAGAAGAUUUACCCAAAUCAAUAUUUCCCUCUAGAAGAAGGUAUGAAGAAGGUUCAAGAAGGGAAUUUUGCGUUCCACGUUCCUUUGGGUCCUGCCUACAACUAUGUUUCGGAAAAAUUUACCAAUUAUGACAUUUGUGGCCUGCAAACCUUACCGGGAUAUAUUAAUACUGAUUCCUAUUUUGCGGUGCCUAAAAAUUCUCCCUUCAAAAAGAUAUUUGCUGUUGGUUUGUCCAGAAUUAUGGAAGUUGGACUUCAGGAAAGAAAUCACAUAAGAACUUUUAGGGCACCAAAAUGUUUCCACAACUCUGGAAAUUUUCAGUCUGUUAGAUUUUACGACUGUCAAUUUAUUUUUGUAUUGUUUAUUUUUGGGGUGUUUUUAUCACUGUUUUUUCUCGUCGUUGAAAUUCUCAUCAUGAAAUUUUCACAAAGACGACAGUUUAUUAAUGUUCAACCUCUUAAAUGAUUAUGAGUUUAUAUACACAAAUUAUUGUUUUAAGUAUAAUUAGACAUUUCACUAUUAACACUUCUUUACAAAAUAUGUUUACUAAUAGUUUUUAAAACACUUUGUUAAUAAUAAUAUAAUUCACAGUUAAAAUUCUGAAUUAUUUGUACAUUUAACACCGCAGAUGUUUUAAUAGCAGUAUUAAUAAAUUAAAUAAAAAAUUCGUAUGCUUAAAAUAAUUUGAUAUUAUUAAAAAAACUGUAAAUAGUAACAAAUUAUUCACCAUUACGAAUAUAAAAUAAAAAACUAACUGAUAUUCAA